AUGGGGCAAUUCAAGGCGACAAUAUUGGCCAAAUACCUUACAGUGCGACUCAGAAAAGAAUCCAGUAGAGGUGGAAGCCUUCAUGUAGGAAUCACCACCAUAAUUCUAUGCUUGUUCAUUACGUCGAUUGUUCUGUUUCUUGGGGCUUUCUUACGUACACAUGUAACAGAGUUCUUGUCUUCCUCUUCUUCAAUGGAAGAAGUACUUCCUGCUAUUUUCUUCUCUCCUCCGAUUCCCGAUUGUGCUUCCAGCACCAUGAAUACUUCUUUGGCUUCCCAAUCGGCUGAUCAAGUAUGGCAUUCAAUGAACGAUGAGGAGCUAAUGUGGCGGGCAUCGAUGGAGCCACGUGUCUCGCAAUAUCCUUAUAAUCGCACCCCAAAACUAGCAUUCAUGUUCUUAAGCAGGGGAAACUUGCCGCUUGCACCUCUCUGGGAGAUGUUCUUCAAAGGGCAUGAAGGCUUUUACUCCAUUUAUCUUCAUGUUUCUUCGAUAAUAGAUUUCACGCCUCCCUAUUCAUCAUCAGUCUUUUACAAUCGCAUGAUCCCAAGCAAGCCAGUGCAAUGGGGAACAGCAACAAUGGUGGAUGCAGAAAGGCGAUUACUUGCCAAUGCGCUUCUGGACUGGUCGAACGAAAGAUUCAUUCUUCUCUCGGAUACCUGCAUUCCUAUAUUCAAUUUCACCACAAUCUACAACUACCUUAUUAUCAGCUCAUGGAACCAGAGCUUCCUGGGCUCCAUUGAUGACCCUCGCCCUAUGGGCAGGGGACGAUACAACAAAAGAAUGCAGCCAGAGCUGACCCUGGCCGACUGGCGCAAAGGUUCUCAGUGGUUUGAAGUCCAUCGUAGGGUCGCAGUUCAGAUGGUCUCUGACAUAAAGUACUACUCUAUUCUCAAACAACAUUGUAAGCCUCCACGGUGUUACAUGGACGAGCAUUACUUCCCGACACUUGUGACCAAGAUCUUACCAGAGAUUAACACGAACCACAGCAUCACGUGGGUUGAUUGGUCCCGACCAGGCUCUCAUCCCUCCAUGUUUGUUAGGAAGCAUGUAAGUGAAGGGUUCUUAAUGAAGAUUAGGAACAUGACCGACUGUGGGUUUACUCAUCGGACUAGGAGCACCAUUUGUUUUCUCUUUGCUAGGAAGUUUCACCCAAGUACCUUGGAGCCUUUGUUGAGGAUAGCUCCAUCUUUGCUUGGUUUCACCGAUAAAAUUAAUUAA